AUGAAGUCAUGGCUGCGGCCGAGCAGUUCAUCGACGACCUGGGCGACGCAACGUACACCAGCAAGGCACGGAUGUUUGCGGAGCUGCGCCUCGAGGCAGUCGAGUCACAUGUGCGAUGCGUGGAUGUAUGCGUCACCUCCUGGGAAACUGAUACACUGGGACCCCAGGGGUCGAUGGAUACGGAUCAGUUUGGGCCCCCUUCGGCCCAAAUGCUUCCAUGUCCACCGCCUCCCGAGAUCCGCGCAUUGGGUACCCUUUGGCGGUGGAUAUGGCUGCAUCCCCGCCUCGCAGCGUGGCCAGCCAGCGACCCCUCCAGAGAUGGCGCAGAUCUACAUCCGCAGUUCAGGAUGCAGCUCCUGGGACGUUAGAGUCGGCAUCGACGCUGGCAUAACCGCGGCUGGAAGCCCAGCCAAUCCAACCAGACUCCAUUUGGUUCGGCCCGCUAUUGCGUGGACCGGCUUGUCCCCCAGGUUUGUGGCCCAUCGGCCCCUUUUGCUCGAGCGUCGCAGCCCUCCGCAUCCCUCUUGCGAAGACCUCCCAGCAGCUGCCUCCUGGUGCAUCUACCGCUCCCUCGCCGAGGAUCGGACCGUCCCGGCUUCGCCGCGCGCGCCGCCGCUCUGGAGGCAUCCGCGCGCGCCGCGCUGGAGGCUGGCCGGCUGGAGGAGGCGGCCGCGUGGGUCGAGGCGUGCGGCCGGGUCGGGGCGGCCUGCGGCACGGGCGGCGCGGCGGUGGCGCGCUUGCGCCUGGAGCUGGCGCGGCGGCGGGGGGAGGACGACCUCGGGGGACUUGAGGCGGGCGCAAGUCGCGGUGUACCGAGAGCUCGCGGCGGACCAGGCUGCGGCCCAGAGCUUCCUGCGGGAGGAGGGCGUACAGAUCGAGGACAUGGUCGGCCUGCGUCCUCGCGUCGCCCUCCGGCGGCUCGUGAGGUCGGCGGAGCCGGACGAUGAGUGGCACGUUGCGGUGCGGUCCGCGCCGCUGGAGCUCGCUGUCGAGAGAGUCGUGGUCCAGGCUCUGAGUUUUAAGGACCAGGGCUGGGGGAACUCGAAGGGGCGCAUCGGCCUUGCCCUCCUCGACGCGGGCGGGGCGCUGAUGACCCGCUGCGAUCUCUUCGGGACGUAUCGUUCGCCCGGGUAUGCGUACGGGGACUCCCCGCAGCGCGCGCUGGAGUCGGACGAGGAGGUCGUUGCCAGAGCCGUGCCUGGGUGCUCGUAUCGCCUGGAGUACGUGGUGGGCGGCGGGGGCGGCCACAGUGUCAGCAUCGUCCAGCUGCUCUGCAAGAUCUACCCGGCCGGCUGGACAGAGGACCUGGCGUCCCACCGGCUCCGCGACCCCGAAGGGGACGCCGGCCUGUACUUGGGGCCCGUCGACGGCGGCGGCCGUGCUCACGGCGAGGGCCGGCUGGAGUACGACGACGGCGACACGUUCGUGGGCGGCUUCGAGGGCGGCUCGUUGCGGGAGGGCGUCCUGUACGGCCGCCGUGGUCGGGAGGAUCUGAUGCUGCAGGGCACGUGGGUCCAGGGGACGCCGCCGCCCGGCUCGAGACAGGCCCUGCGGCAGAGGUACCCAAGGGAGGCCGACUGGCUGGUCGAGGAGCCGUCCUUCCCUGCAGGGUUCGACGGGCGUCUCCGUAGAGGCGAUUCCGACGGAGACGAAGACGAAAAUGAAGUAAGGUUUGAAGACGACGGACUCGACGACACUUCCAUGGCGUCCUCAACGUGA